UUGACUGACAUAUUAGUGACGUUCUAAAUUGUGAAUUUAAAUAAAAAAAAAAACACGCAUACACGAAAAAACCACUUGCAGUUCUACAUAUAUUUUGUUAAUUAACCAUCAUAAAAUGACAGACGUGCUGCACGCUGAGAGCAGCACGCUUCUUAAUGAGCCGCAGAAGUUGCUAACAAAGCCGCCAAAGGGGACGCGACGCAGGCAUGAGCAUGCUGCUGGCUUAGAGCCGCAUGUAGUGGUGGCCAGUACGACGGGGCGGCUUAAGGCUCCCAAGUCGGAGGGCAAGAAGCUGCGCAAGAAGCUCUUUGAAUAUGAGCUGGAGAACAAGACACUGGCCAAGUCAAUUACAGAUAAAAACCAGGAGAUUUGCGCACUCAAACGUUCCGUGGACUCGCUCAACGAGGUGCUCAACUCAGUGCCCAUUGAUGAGUUGCGCUGCAACUCGUCCAUAGCCAGCACCAAGAUAAUCGAUCUAAGCAAGAAAAAUCGCCAAAUGCGCGCCGAACUGGAGCAGCUCAAGAAUCGCAUUAGCAAGAAGGAUGUGCAGAUAGAAAAGCUGGAGAAGGACCUCAAAGGCACCGAGGAGAAGGCACUGCAAAACGGAGAGCUCUUCAAGAAGGGCAAUGGCGCCGAUGAGCUGCAGGCCAAGGUCACUAGCAUGCAACAGAAGCUCUUCGAGACGCGCAACAAGAACAAGGAACUUCAGAACCAACUGAAGCUCACACAAAAGUGUCUGCAGCAUGAGAUUGGCGACAGCGUCAAUAUCAAUCUGCUGGUCAAUAAUUUGAAUCAGGCCAACUGGCGUGGACGUGCUCAGCAGAUACUCGCACUGCAGCAGAAACUACAAGAGCUCAAGGCGCGCCUGGAUAUCUAUGAGCAGUCCCUGCCCGAACGCAGUGACUUUGCGCCCAUUCCACUUGGCUCCGAUCUGGAUCUGAAUGCUGGCAAUGGGCUUGUGAAAACGCCACGCAGUGUCAAAUCCUUUCAUGCUGCAAGCAUUGCCAAUGUGGCACAAGCUGCUUGCAGCAUGGGCGGAGGAGAUGCGCCGGUGGCAUCCUUUGAUCGCUUCACACCCGGGGUACGCAAGAGCGAGAUCUUGCAUCGCGCCAAGGUGGAGGCGCUGGAGAAGGACAUUGCCACGCUGCAGUCUCAGCUGGAGGAGCAACGUAGUCGCAAUUUGGCGCUCAAGGUGCGCAAUAAGACGCUCAACGAUGACAUGCUCAAGUAUAAGAUGCGCUCCACAGAGCUGGAGGAGCAAGACUGCACUGGCCUCAAUGCUAAUUCACUCAAUGAGAAACUCAAAUCGCAGCGCCAACAAUUCGAAGUUCGCUUGGAGGAGCUGCGUCAGGAUGUAUUGCGUAUUACGGAGGAACGUGAUGCUGCCAAGCGCCAGCUGGAGGAGUUGAGUGGCAUGCACUUGCAGCUGCAGACAGAGCUCAAGGAGAAGGAGCUGUGCAUACAAAAUCUGCAAGAGAUGCUAAAGAAACUGGAAACUGAUUUGCGUGCUGUGUCCGGCGGCUUUCUGUUCUCCUGUCGCGAGUUUCGCAAGGAGGAGUUCGUGGGCAUACUCGAUGCACUGGAAGUGGAGAAGAAUCAGCUGCUGUUGCUCAACAAAUCGCUCGACGAGCGCCUGGAGACGGAACGUGGCAAGCUGGAGGCGGCCAACGAGCAGAUGGCCAAGCAAAAGACGCGCAUUGCACGUUUGGAUGUGAAAAUACGCGAUUUGGAGAAGGAACUGGAUACGCAGACAGAUCGCAAGAAGCGCACGCAGCGCAUCAAUGAUUAUACAAACUCACUCAGUCGCAAUCCCAUGACGGGCUCCAUCAGCUCCUUUCAGCUUUGAGAAUCAAGUCGCAUUAUCAAUCACAGACGACCAUUUCCUCAGAGGGGAGCUACAGCUCAGCCUAGGGUGGAGGAUUUGCAGAAUAAAUUGGAGCUGGCGCAGGAGAAGAUUGUCAUGCUGACCGAAAAGCUGGACUACCUAAGCGCCGAGAAGCGUGCCGACGCCAAACUCUUUGAGGAGACCAUGUACAACUCCAAGAAUAUUAUAUUGGACACUAUACUGGGCACACGCGGCAACUCGUCCAUGUCCAGCUCCAGCUUGCAGUCGAACCAGCAGCUGUUGAGCGAGCUGCCCGCCAGCACCAGCGUUGGUGUCUAGAAGUUUUACAGUUUGAAAUAUGUUUCGUUCUAAAAUGCAAUAUUAAUAUUUACAAAA